UGGGGUAUCUGACAUGUUGGGAUGUCCAUUGCUUUGGCACCUCCAUCACUCUGGGGUGACUCCACAGGCCAAAGAUGCUUCCCAUGUGGCCCCAGAGCUGUCAGCCAUGGUGGUGUACUGCCAGGCCACUCCCUUCCCUGGCCUGGCCCAGGCCCUACAGCAGUCCCGGCCCUAUGAGAUGUCCUCCUUCAGCGAGAGGAAGGCUCGGAAACUCAUCAAGGAGGCAGGCCCCACGUUUGUGCGCUACACCUCCCGGCAGCUGAGCCGCGUCUACCCUUUGGGAUUGAAGAUGACCUCCUCCAACUACAAUCCCCAGGAGAUGUGGAACGCCGGCUGCCAGCUAGUGGCCCUCAACUUCCAGACGCCAGGCUAUGAGAUGGACCUGAACACCGGGCGCUUCCUGGGCAACGGGGGCUGUGGUUACGUGCUGAAACCCCAAUUCCUGCUCAACCCCCACAGCGGCAGCCCCCACCCCCUCGUGUUGUGCAUCAGGGUCAUCACGGCACAGCAGCUGCCAAAGCUGAACCGGGAGAAGCUCAGCUCCAUCGUGGACCCUUUUGUCAGAGUGGAGAUCUAUGGGGUGACAGCGGACUGCAGCAAGCAGCAAACCACCUACAGGAGCAACAACGGCUUCAACCCACGCUGGGAGAAGACGCUCACGUUCCAGCUGCGGGUCCCUGAGCUGGCGUUGGUGCGCUUUGUGGUGGAGGACCACGACAGCACCUCCUGCAAUGACUUCGUGGGGCAGUUCACGCUGCCGCUGGGCAGCAUGCGAGAAGGGUACCGCCACAUCCACCUGCUCUCCAAGGACGGUGCGUCCCUGGCCCCUGCCACGCUCUUUGUGCACGUCACAUGCAAACGCCCAUGAUGUCCCCGUGGCCAACGUGCUCCUGAAUGGGGUGCAGGGACAGAAGGGGACACUGCUGUCCAGCCAGGGUGACAGCAGGGCUGCCUGGGGUCUCCAGUGGGGUAGAGGACCCUGCCUGUGUCCCAAUUGCUUGCGCUCUCACCCCACUUUUCCCCUCUGGCUGAGACCAGGAGGAGAUGGGGACAUGGUGACAACCAGGACGGGGUGGCCCAGCCACCAUGUUCCCAAUGCAUCUGGAGGGACAUGAUGGUGACAGCAGCUUCACCGGCUCCAUCCCGACUCCUUUGGGCUGCAGGGAUGGUGCCUGCCACAAUGUCCCCAAGGAGACCCUGCCUCCACAGCCGUGGCGCAAACCACAUGGUUUGGUGCUUGAGAACUGUUGACAGAGAUUUGUACCCGGUGCCCAGUGGAUUGAAUAAAGGUUUAUUGAACAGCUU